ACCACCCUUUGUCUCUAAGAAAGAGAGAAACCACAGUCCAUAACAGUAUAAAAAACUGAAGAAAGAAAACAAAGAAGGAAGUGAUGGGAAACGCCAUGGGAAGGAGCAAAAAAGCAAAGGUGAUGAAAAUAGACGGUGAAACGUUCAAGCUGAAGACUCCUGCUAGAGCACACGACGUCGUCAAGGACCAUCCUGGCCACGUUCUCCUGGAUUCACAAUCAGUGAAGCACUUCGGGCUUCGGGCCAGGCCGCUGGAAUCGCACCACGAGCUCAGGCCCAAGAAAAUCUACUUCUUGGUGGAGCUACCCAAGGCGGCUCAGCCCAAACCACCGCCGCUACCGAGGAGGGCGCAAUCAAGUGGUUUGCGUAGCAUGAAUGGCAUGAGCGCUAAGGAGAGGCUCGACUUUCUCAUGCUGUCAAAGCGCAGCGUUUCGGACCUCUCCUCGGCGAAGAGAGCCUCAUCUAGUGGGCCCGCCGGCCUGAAUGGGUCGGUGAGCAUCAAAAUGAGGCUGCCCAAGGCUCAGUGGAAAAAGCUCAACGAGGAGAGUAACGACGGAGAUGAAGUGGCGGAAAAGAUCUUGAGUUUGUAUAUGGGGAGCCAAGCCACCGUGGAAGGUGGUGGAACAGUGGAGGACCACCACAGAGAGCUUCACAACGAUCACACGCCGCAAAGGAAACGAGUGAGUUUCUACCCGGUGGAGCAAGAAGAAAUUCGAGAAGAAGCAACUUAAUAUUAGUGCAUGUUUGAUUAUUUUAGUUCAUUGUAAUUUUUCAAGCGUGUUCAAACAAAUACUUAGUCACUUGUGAAUAGCAGUCCUUCCUUGUAGUCCUUUAAGCCGGAACAAGCCUUAGCACAACACUAGGAUGUUGGGUGCUUCUGAAGCAAGUUAAUUAAUUUUGUCCUAUACAUUUGAAUAGUUGUAGUGCUCAGAUUUGGUUUGACAUUUA